AUGACUGGAACUGCCCACCCCUGCGUAUAGUAGACAGCUGUGGCUGAUUGAAUGGAUGAACAACUAUAUGAGAUGAUGAACAACUAUCUUUCCUCAUAGUUUACCUCCAUCUACCAUGGCAGGAGGGAUACUGCUGGUUCCAGGUGAACACACACACCAGAAUAUAGAGCUGUAGAGCUUUGUCUGUUUAAUUCACAUUUUACUGUGUGUGUAGGACACCCCGGUAGAUGCUGACAUGGCCAAAAAUGCCGUGAUGUGGCAGAAUGGAGGCAUGUGUGGUCUGGACCACUGGAACUUUGUCAUGCAUCCUGUUGACGCGGCCAUGACCUGUGACCCUAACGGAAGUUACGCCAGGACGUGGUGCCCUGAGCUGGCUGCUGUGCCUGAUGACUUCAUACACAAACCCUGUAAGUGUCCAGCCUCCAUGCUGCGCCGCACCGAUCUGGAGGAAAGGAGCCUCUCUCUGCAAGACGUGAAGUUGGUGAGGAGGCAUUUUGGGGAGUACGUGGACCUGGUCCCCCCCCCCCUGGUCUUGGAGGCCAUGGGGAUUCGUAGUCAACACAGAUAGGCAGUUCCUCCUGCCUGUCAUCACCCGCAUGGAGUUCAAACACCAAUCAGACGAUCCAGACCCGGACGCUGCCUCUAACCCCCAUGUGAGUCGCAGGCAGGAUGAGACCAUCACCUUCCUGAACCAGACAGACUUCAUAACCAGCGUGAUGAAAGAGGGGAGGGAGAGACAGGAGAGACCAGAGAAAGAUGGGGACUGGCACACCCCCAUAUGGCCCGGGGAAGGGUUAGGAGGACCCCUGCUGCUAAGGCCAGGUUAUCCUCUGUGCCUGGGGGAGUGGCUACGUUUCACAGAUGACCAAGAGGGCAGGGGUUAAAGGUCAGCCUACACUGAUAGAACUGUUGCAAAACUAGGUACCA